GUUCUUUUAGCUAUAAUUAUACAAAGAUGUCUGAAUUUGAAGAUAUUGAUAUCAACUUGGAUGAGCUUGACUUCUCCGAUUUGGAGGAAAGGUAUGCUGUUAACCCGCACUUCGGUUUAGACAACUACGUUGUCGUUGAUGGUGCACCAAUUGCACCAGAAUCAAAAGCCGACAAAUUGACUCUUGUUUUGAAAAAGUUAUUCAAGACUGUUGGUAAUGUUGUUGAAGGUGAUGAAGGUGUGUACAUGCCUAUCGAAGAUGGCAAGACCAAAGGGUUUUUGUUUGUCCAAUUCGAAAGUGCUGAACAAGCUGAUGCUGCCGUUAAACAAUUAAACGGUAGAAUGUUGGAUCAAAAACAUAGAUUAUUAGUUAACAGAUUAACUGAUAUUGAAAAAUUUGGUGCAGAAGGUAAUAUCAAAGAUGAAUUUGAAGAACCAGAAAUUCCACCUUUCGAAGAUCACGGUUAUUUGAAAUCAUGGUUACAAGAUGAAAGAGGCCGUGAUCAAAUUGCUUUACAUUUUUCUGAAACUGUUGGUGUUUACUGGAAUAAGAAACAAAAUGAUCCAGAAGAAGUUAUUGAACCAAGAAAGAACUUCACCACUAAAUAUGCCAAGUUUACUCCAAAAGGUACUUAUUUAUUUUCUGUUCACCCACAAGGUGUUCAAGCUUGGGGUGGUGCUGAUUUUGGUAGAAUCAAUAAAUUCAUCCAUAAUCAAGUUCGUUUAGUUGAUUUCUCGCCAAAUGAAAAUUUCAUGGUUACUUUAUCGCCAACUCCAAUUUCAUUUCCUGAAGAUCCUGCAGAGCAACAAGGUUUCCCAUUUGGUCCAGAAAGUGCUGGUCAUAAAUUAGUUAUUUGGAAUUUACAUAGUGGUGAACCUGCCAGAACUUUUGCAUUACCUCCACAUUUGGAAAAUCAAAAAGAAAUGCCAUGGCCAUUAGUUAAAUGGUCGCACGAUGAUAAAUACUGUGCUCGUCAAGGUCCAGGUGCUUUAGCUAUUUAUGAUUCCUCUAACUUCCAAUUAUUAGAUAAAAAAUUGGUUAAAAUUGAUGAUAUCGUUGAUUUUGAAUGGGCUCCAGCUGGUGUCCACCUUAGUGAUUCUAAAACCGAAGGUGGUGAACACGUCUUAUCUUAUUGGACUCCUGAAAGUUCUAAUCAAACUGCUAGAGUUGCUCUUAUGCAAAUUCCAUCAAGAAGAGUCAUUAGAACUAUUAACUUGUUCCAAGUUUCAGAUUGUAAAAUGCAUUGGCAAGACCAAGGUAGAUUCUUAUGUGUUAAAGUUGAUCGUCAUACUAAAUCUCGUAAGACUUUCUUUUCUAAUUUGGAAUUUUUCAGACUUACCGAAAGAGAUAUUCCAGUUGAAAAAUUAGAAUUAAAAGAUAUUGUUAUUAAUUUUGCAUGGGAACCAAAGUCAGAGAGAUUUAUUACUAUUUCUAGAUUAGAUAACGGUGAUAAUAAUCCAGCCAUUCCAAGAAAUACUGUUUCUUUCUAUGGCCCAGAAGUCGCUAAGAACAAAGCUACCAAAUAUAAAGUUUUCAAAUCAGUUACUGAUAAACAUUCUAACACUGUUGUUUGGUCACCUCAAGGUAGAUUUGUUGUUGUUGCUACCAUUGCUAAAUCAAGUGGUGAAUUAGACUUCUAUGAUACUAAUUUUGAAGAAGAUAAGAAAUCUUUGAAUAACGUUAAAUUAUUAAAGACUGAAAAAUUCUCCGGUAUUACCAAUCUUUCUUGGGACCCAUCUGGUAGAUUCCUUGCUGCUUGGUCUUCUUCUUGGGCUCAUACCAUUGAAAACGGUUAUAAAUUAUACGAAUUCACUGGUAACAUGUUAAGAGAUGAAACCAUUGAUCACUUCAAAGAAUUUAUUUGGAGACCAAGACCAGAAUCCUUACUUACUGCAAACGAUAGAAAGAAGGUCAAGAAGAACUUGCGUGAAUACAGUGCUCAAUUCGAUGAAGCUGAUGCUAUGGAAGCUGAUGCUGCCACUAGAGAAGCUAUCUUACUCCGUAGACAACUCUUAGAAGAAUGGAGAAGUUAUAGAUCGAAAUAUGCCAACAGAUCUCAAGAAGAAAACGAAGUUGAAGCUCAAAUCAUUGAAGAAAUUAAAGAAGAAAUCAUCGAAGAAAAAGAAGAAAUUGUUGAAUCUAUUUAAGUAUCUUCCUCCAAAUUACCUUAAAAAUUUUUUUGUAACAUAUAGUAUAUCAAUAUAAUUUGUCUAACG